AACGAUCAUGUACAUGGCGCCCCCACGUAGGUUUGCUUACAGCGCCAAUUUCUGUGGAUUGUAAGUUGACAUGUUAGGGGAAGCUUAUUCUCGUACUGUCGAUGAUAUCUUAAAACAUUAUAACACUAAUACUGAAACUGGAUUAACUCGGAAGCAAAUUGAUUCCUCUCUCAAAGAAUAUGGAUACAAUGAAUUACCUCCGGAAGAUAGCAAGCCGCUUUGGAGAUUGGUUCUCGAACAGUUUGACGAUCUAUUGGUCAAAAUUCUUUUGCUAGCAGCUGUUAUUUCAUUUGUCUUGGCCUGGUUCGAAGACAGCGAAGAUGCAACUACUGCAUUCGUCGAGCCAAUUGUUAUAAUGCUUAUACUAAUAGUAAACGCAAUUGUUGGUGUAUGGCAGGAACGUAACGCUGAAUCAGCCAUAGAAGCUUUGAAAGAGUAUGAGUCAGAUACUGCGAAGGUUAUUCGUCAGGGUUAUGAUGGUGUGCAGAGUGUGAAAGCCCGUGAACUAGUGCCUGGAGAUAUUGUAGAAGUCGCUGUUGGAGAUCGGGUUCCAGCGGAUAUUAGGAUCGUUAAAAUUUUGUCCACAACACUUCUUAUUGAUCAGUCUAUCUUAACUGGUGAAUCAGUAUCAGUUUCAAAACAUAGUGACCCUAUAUCUCAGGCCCGAGCUGUCAAUCAGGAUAAAAAGAACAUGCUAUUUAGCGGUACGAACGUGGCUUCUGGAAAGUGUGUUGGAGUGGUAGUGGGAACCGGGCUUUCAACAGAAAUAGGCAAAAUCCGCGAUCAAAUCAUGCAUACGGAACAGGACAAAACUCCUCUCGGCCAGAAGAUAGAUGAGUUUGGAACACAGUUAUCGAAGGUCAUAACACUCAUAUGUAUCGCUGUAUGGUGCAUUAAUAUUGGUCAUUUUAACGACCCAGUGCAUGGUGGUUCAUGGCUGAGAGGUGCAGUAUAUUACUUUAAAAUUGCAGUUGCACUCGCUGUUGCGGCAAUUCCAGAAGGCCUACCAGCUGUUAUAACAACAUGUCUCGCCUUAGGGACCCGUCGAAUGGCCCGCAAAAAUGCCAUCGUUCGAUCAUUACCGAGUGUAGAAACUCUCGGUUGUACAACAGUGAUUUGUUCCGACAAAACUGGCACCCUCACAACCAACCAAAUGACUGUUUGCCGAAUGUUCACUUUCGGCAAUGAAUCUCAAAUCGGUGAUACUUCGCGGUUAAAGUUCGAUGAGUUUGAAAUUACUGGUUCUAAAUAUGCUCCAGAAGGAGAUGUGCAUCAUCAAGGACGGAAAAUAAACUGUUCUGAAUAUCCUUGUCUUGUAGAGCUUGCGCAAAUAUGUUCUUUGUGUAAUGACUCAUCUGUGGAAUACAAUAAAUCUCGACAUGCAUAUGAAAAAGUGGGAGAGGCGACUGAGACUGCAUUGGUCUGCUUGGUUGAGAAAAUGAAUGUCACAGAAGUCUCUAAAUCAAACCUUACUAAUCAUCAGCUUGCGAUGGUUUGUAAUCGCGAUAUCCAGAAAAUGUAUGAACGAAAAUUUACUCUCGAGUUUUCUCGAGAUAGAAAGUCAAUGUCUACGUACGUCAUCCCUCGAAAUCAAAUUUCUGGUGCCAAAGAAAAACUAUUUGUAAAGGGCGCCCCGGAAUCAAUAUUAGAUAGAUGCACUCAUGUACGCACUGCAGGCAGAAAAUUGUUAUUAACAUCCGAACUGAAAGGCGAAGUACUUCGAAAAAUAGCUACCUAUGCCACCGGACGUGAAACUCUUCGUUGUUUGGCUUUAGCUACGAGAGAUGAACCACCUUCGUAUUCUCAAUUUGAUUUAAAAGAUCCGAAAAAUUUCAAGGACUAUGAGACUGAAUUAACUCUUGUGGGUGUUGUUGGUAUGGUGGACCCACCGCGUUGUGAGGUUGCUAGUAGUAUCCAAGCUUGUAAAAAAGCUGGUAUCCGUGUUAUUGUUAUCACAGGUGACAAUAAGGCAACCGCAGAGGCUAUAUGUCGUCGUAUAGGGUUGUUCGAAGAUAAAGAAGAUACUUGUGGGAAGUCUUUUACAGGACGAGAAUUCGAUGACCUCAGUUUAGCAAAGAAAAAAGAGGCAGUACGUAAUGGAAAAUUGUUCGCUCGCGUUGAGCCCGCCCAUAAAAGUCAAAUAGUGCAAUUCUUACAACAGGAUGGUGAAGUAUCUGCAAUGACCGGGGAUGGUGUUAAUGACGCUCCAGCACUCAAAAAGGCUGAGAUCGGGAUUGCUAUGGGAAGUGGUACUGCCGUUGCUAAAUCUGCUUCUGACAUGGUACUAGCGGAUGAUAAUUUUAGUACAAUUGUUGCUGCUGUAGAAGAAGGACGAGCUAUAUAUGAUAAUAUGAAACAAUUUAUCCGCUACUUGAUUUCAUCCAACAUCGGUGAAGUUGUUUGCAUAUUCCUGACUGCUGCUCUCGGAAUGCCUGAGGCUUUGAUUCCUGUACAAUUGCUUUGGGUUAACUUAGUUACUGAUGGCCUACCUGCUACAGCUUUAGGAUUUAAUCCUCCCGAUGUCGACAUAAUGACUAAACCACCACGUAAAAGCAGAGAACCACUAAUUUCUGGAUGGCUAUUUCUUCGAUACAUGUUAAUAGGUAUCUAUGUUGGCUGUGCAACAGUUGGAGCAGCAGCCUGGUGGUUCAUGAUCUAUGAGGAGGGUCCUAAAGUAAACUAUUACCAGUUGACGCAUCAUUUACAAUGCCAGUUAGAACCUUCUUUAUUCAAAGGAGUUAAUUGUGGCGUAUUUGCCAGUCCAAAACCAAUGACUAUGGCUUUAUCGGUGUUGGUUUUAAUUGAGAUGUUUAACGCAUUAAACAGCCUUUCUGAGAAUCAGUCACUUCUGGUCAUGCCUCCUUGGCACAAUAUGUGGCUUAUCGCUGCUAUCUGUUUUAGUAUGACGCUACAUUUUGCGAUCUUGUACAUAAACGUGCUAGCGAAUAUAUUCCAAAUAGCUGCACUGAAUAUUACAGAGUGGCUUGCUGUAUUGAAAAUCUCCAUACCCGUACUUUUAUUGGAUGAGACACAAAAAGCUAUUGCUCGUUCUGUUCAAAGAGGCCAUAGUCCACUCCGUCACAUAGCGAUACCGAUAGCGAUAUGGUGCGUAUAUGCUGCUUUUAUUGGCUUCAACCCUUUGUGAUUGUAAAAACGUUUAUUCUCCUUUUUGUACUAACUGCUCUAAAUCAUUCUUCAGUCAGUCGGAUUGUAAACAUUCUCAUGUGAUCUCCACCUCGAUACUUUAAAUCAUGUUUCUCUCAAUUUUUUAUUUGUCGACAGAUUAUCGAUUCAUGCAGACCAUUCUUCUGAACGAUUUCCAUUUCACACUCAUUUAUUGUUUAAUGUUCUUGGAGACUGCUAGAAAAUAAUAUUUCAGGGGUUGUCCUAUUUUUACCCUUUAUUUCUGAUUGUAUUAGUUCUCAUUAUCUUCGAAUUAUUGUUUAUUUAUUCAUGUCAUAUUCAUGUAUAAAAACAUUCCUACAUGUUUUUCGUCUUACAUAUCUUAGUUAUCCGUUCCAUGUUGAAAGUAUGGAUUAGGUAGUUGUAUUACAUUUUCCUUUCUCGUUGAGGUAUUGAACGUAAAUCGGCUUUGGAGUAUCACUGAGUAGACUGCACAGUGGAUAUGUGAAAGUGACGAUUGAUUUAUUGUGAACGAUGUUACUUGUAAGGAGUACUUUAUUAGUUUAUAUUACUGGUCUGUAUGAAAACCUAGCUUUUUUGAUAAUAUGAACUUGACAUUAGAUGUAUAAUUCAGGAUUGCUUUUUAUAUCUAUUGGAUGUUUCCGUAGCUGGUUUGCUCUCAAAGUCUUUCCUGUAGAAUAACAUGUUUCAGCUGCCCCGAUCAGCAAAUUAGUAUUCGAAAAUUAAUUCAUUUUUUGACAAGGCUUUUCUCGUGAUUUU